UUUUACUUUUAUCUUACGUUAAAAUGUUAUUAAACCCAGGACCCUGCAUUUACUAUAUCUGGUCUCCCCAGACCCUGCAUUCACUAUAUCUGGUCUCCCAGGACCCUACAUUCACUAUAUCUGAUCUCCCCGGACCCUGCAUUCACUAUAUCUGGUCUCCCAGGACCCUACAUUCACUAUAUCUGAUCUCCCAGGACCCUGCAUUCACUAUAUCUGAUCUCCCUGGGCCCUACAUUCGCUAUAUCCGAUCUCCCACAGUAGACACUACA